AGCUGCCUGUCCAAAAUUAGACUCUGCUAUUGAAAGUAAAUAAUCAAGGAAAUUGAAUGAUCGCGAUAACCAUGAUAACAAUCCAGUGUUGUUCGGAAGAUAGCGAGUUAUACGUUUGGACUUAGUAGACUUGUCUUUUUACCACACAGACUGGAAAAGUAGGUUGUGGGAAUAAAAGCACGGAUCAAAGACUAACAGUAGCAAUUACUGAUAACUACCGGUCACCAACAGAAUAAUAAUGGCUGACGAGAAAGCAUUAACCUAUAUAGAGGCUAGUCCCCAAGAAGAUGCCAGUGCAUACGGUGCUAAUUAUGGGGCCCACAGAGAAGGAAUGACCAAAGAAGAGGUUGCAGAAUAUUAUUCAAAAUGGGGAUAUAGCGGAAAGUACGAAGAGGAUCUUUGCCCAGAGAGAUACAACGGUCCAAAAUAUGGCGCAGAGGCUUUAGCACAGGCGUAUCUGGGUAACCGAGAAUCUAUACACAUCUUGGACAUAGCCGCAGGGACAGGAUUUUUAGGCGAAGAGUUACAUAAGCGAGGAUUUAAAAAAAUAGACGGUUUAGAUCCAGCUGAAGGCAUGCUUGCAAUGGCAAGAAAAAAGAACAUUUAUGGUAGACUUAUCUGUGAAUUUAUAUGCGAAAAAAGACUUCCAGUUGAAAAUGAUACAUAUGAUUGUACAAUAAUUGCUGGUGGUAUGGGUGAAGGUCACAUUCCAUGUGUAGCUUUACAUGAAAUGAUCAGAAUUACUAAACCAGGUGGCUUAGUUGUUAUAGUCAUGAGAGAAGAAUACUUAGACUAUGUUAAAGAAUAUAAAGACAGACUAGAGGUUCUGAUGCAGGAAUUAGAAGAUGCGGGAAAAUGGGAAAGCGUCUCAAGAGUUAUCGUUCCUAAUUAUUCGUUUGACAAUAACGGAGUUAUAUUUAAAUAUAAAGUCUGUUGAUUUCUUAGGGACAUAGACUAUUGGGAUUUUACUGUUACUAUUUAAAUUGCGGGUUUUAUUUUAUUAACAAAUGCAAGCACGAAUCUUAUUUUCUAUUUAAUCCUGUUAAUCUCGGGUUAUUUGAAUACAUUAUGAUUAUGAAUGAAUCUAUAGAAUUUCAUUAUAAUGACCACGUUAUAAUAUCUGAUAGAGCGAUCCUGUAUGCUUACACAGUUACACUUAUUCAGUAUGAAGGCAGCUUAGAUUGAAAUCAAAUAUAUGUAUAUCAAGAAAAUGAAUCUCAAUUGCGUAUAUCAUUUUUUGUUUGUUUGUAUAAUGUAAAUAUACAUGUAACAGUAAAAUGAUAAACAAAUAGCGGGAACAAUUAUAUGAAGAGAUAACGUAUGAGUGUUUUAUAACUGACAGCUGUGAUGAAAAAUAUUUAAUAUGCAUUUUUAAUGAAGUAAAAAACUAAAUUCAA